CAGCUCCAACAACCCCCACACCACAGGUCGUAUGUGGCUACAGACAGUGUCACCACAGAUACUAGCUUAUAAGACUGCAAAGACUGAAAGACUGCAAACCGCAAGAAGGCCCCGGCCGUUUUUCCACCGUUAACUAUAAGCAGCAAAGUGGCACACAAUACAAAUAUCCUAAACCUCAUUUCAAGAUGGUGAAAAGCUGCGCACAAGUGAAACUACGAGGGAAAGGACUCACCUUAAAUCAAACGGGUGUCAUUGGUCGUAAUGCUGCAGGCCGCGCGAACCAAUGCCGCCUUGAAAUUCAACCGAACCUUCACAGGAAACCGCGAGACCAGAGCAGACCAACGGUCCUAGCUGUCCCACAAGGCGAACGUCUUAAGGAGGAGCAAGAGCAAGAAGUUCCUCUGGUCCGCUGCUACACCAAAGUGAUGGAGCAUGCGGUGGAUGCUGGCACACAGACUGACCCUGUGGUGGUCCUGUCUCUGGCCCAGGCUGCCGUGCUGGGCCUCAUAUCUCAGAAUGAGAUCUUUGGAGCCACCAUUGCUCCCAAUGGCUUCUACAAAGGAGAGGCGCGUGAUGGCCCCCCUCCCCCUCCAGAGGCGACAGAGUACGAGUAUGCAGACCAGCUGAUUGGGGCCAAUGGAGACUACCUUGCUGAGCCCGAUGGGGAUGACAAAAGGCUAGAGAGGUCUUGCGGGGCUGAGCGGAGGCGUCCAGGGCCCCGGGGAAGGACCAAGAGACCCCGAAUUGAAGUUGAGGCAGUGGCGCCGACUGAGAAGUCCCUAGAGAUACAGACUCACGUGAAAGGAGAGAGGCCUGACUAUUCCAGCCCCUGUUACCAUUCACAUGUUCAUCAUAAUGAUAGCGAGUCUGAGGUGUUGGACCUUGCACCCCACAGAGUACUAUUAAAGGAGGAGCAAAAUAGCAAAGACUGCACAGAGUAUGUGAAUGAGCCGAGCAGCCAGCAAACCGAUGCAGACUCGGAUACGGACUCUCGAGCUACUGAACGUAGCCCCAUUGUCCGGGAGAAAGCAGUAGCCAGCCGAUCUGAAGAAGAAGCUGGGAAAGAGGAAGACCAGGAGGAGGACAGAGCAUUGAACAUCAAGACUCCAGAUGAGGAGGUGAGCCCUGUGAUGAGGCGCUACUAUGAGUCUAGUGUGGUUGCCUAUGAAGCUGCCGAAAUGGGUCUGGCAGGGGAUUACGAGGAAAGCGGACAGGCAACAAUGUGGGCUGACGGUGAGAAUUCUGUUGGCCGACGGAUGCAGAUUGACCGACUGGACAUCAAUGUGCAGAUUGACGAAUCAUACUGCGUAGAUGUGGGCGAGGGCCUGAAGCGCUGGAAGUGCCGCAUGUGUGAGAAAUCGUACACCUCCAAGUACAACCUGGUAACACACAUCCUGGGCCACAACGGCAUCAAGCCACACGAGUGCCUGCACUGCGGCAAGCUCUUCAAGCAGCCAAGCCACCUGCAGACACACCUGCUCACGCACCAGGGCACACGUCCACACAAGUGCACCGUCUGCAAGAAGGCCUUCACCCAGACCAGCCACCUCAAGCGCCACAUGCUCCAGCACAGCGACAUCAAGCCCUACAGCUGCCGCUUCUGCGGCCGUGGCUUUGCCUACCCUAGCGAGCUGCGCACCCACGAAGCCAAGCAUGAGAACGGCCACUGCCAUGUCUGCACACAGUGCGGCAUGGAGUUCCCCACACAUGCCCAUCUCAGGCGCCAUCAGGUCAGUCACCAAGGGCCCACCACCUUCCAGUGCACUGAGUGCCACAAGUCCUUCGCCUAUCGCAGCCAGCUGCAGAACCACCUGAUGAAGCACCAGAACAUGCGGCCCUAUGUCUGCUCCGAGUGCGGGAUGGAGUUUGUGCAGAUUCACCACCUUAAGCAGCACAUGCUCACGCACAAGGUACUAACACAGCAGGCCCUCGAACACAAGGGUAUGAAGGAGUACAAAUGUGACGUGUGCUCCCGCGAGUUCACCCUUUCGGCCAAUCUGAAGCGACACAUGCUGAUUCACACCAGUGUGCGGCCCUUUCAGUGCCAUGUGUGCUUUAAGACCUUCGUCCAGAAACAGACCCUCAAAACCCACAUGAUCGUCCACCUUCCCGUCAAGCCCUUCAAGUGCAAGGUGUGCGGGAAGUCAUUCAAUAGAAUGUACAAUCUCCUUGGACACAUGCACCUUCAUGCCGGUAGCAAGCCCUUCAAAUGUCCCUACUGCACCAGCAAGUUCAAUCUGAAGGGGAACCUUAGCCGGCACAUGAAGGUCAAGCAUGGCAUCCUAGAGGGCUCACCGGAUGGACAAGACACCAUGCCUGACAUAGAGGGCCAAGAGGACUAUGAAGAGGAGAGCUUUGACUACAGCGAAAGGGAAAAUCUGGCCAGUAACAACGCACAAGACCUAGCGAAACUGGCCGAGCUGGGCUACUACAACUACACCAAGGCUGCUGCCCGGUACGCCACAGCAUAAGUGGUUUAAUAAGAGACUGAAACACCCAUGGUUGUUCCUGUAGCCCUCAUGGCUUCAAGAAUGACCGAUGAGGAAAUGGCUGCCUAGUGACUGUGCACUAGGAUCCAUUUUAAGUACCCUGUAAGAGGAAGUGAGAUUUUGUUCCCCUCCUCGCUAAAAACUGUUAAGUUCCAUGUAAACUGAGCAUAAAGCUACAUUUAGAAGUCAUACCAUCAGUAACAAAAUGAGGACAACUAUUGAAAAUGCAUUCUGAUGAGUAACAUCCUAACGCCAUUUUCAACUUGUUGGACAACAGUUGAAGAGUAAUAUGAGCCUAAUUUAAUAGUGCAGUCAAACAGUAUGUACAGAGGCACUUAUCCAUGAAGGACAAUCCCCAGCUCUUUCAAAGAAAUUGGAGUAACUGCCAUUGUAACAGACUUAAUAUUAAAAGCACAUUGGUAAGCAGCUAUAGCUCAGUGGCUACAUGUCUUGCAGGUCAGGAGCUGCUAGAAAAGGCCCAUUUAGACAUAACCAAAGCUAGCAAGGUGGGAAUUCCUUGUUUGUUUGGCUUUUACCACUGUGGUUUAUUUUCUUUUGACAUAAACCAUAACACCAGAAUCUUUCUCUGCAGUGUUUGCUGUGAUUUUUUCUUUUAAUUUUUUUUUUUAAUAAAGCAUGUAGGGUUUGUGUCCAGUGGACUGACCAGCUACAAGGAAGCCUUAAUGUCUGUUGCAUUCUUGGCUUUCCUGGGGCAAGUCUACAUCACCUUGCGGACACAGUUCAGUAUUGUACCAUUAGGGUAUAACGGAGCUUGUAUUUAUUGUGAAAUGUUAUUUUCUUGGCAUGCUCAAGAGUAACAGACUUUUUGAUGUUCCAUAUUGGGAAAGCCCUGUACUUUUAAAUGUCUGAAGUGAUAGUUAGGGGGAGAAUGCAGUGGUGAUGGCCUACUUUUCUUUUUACUAUACCUGGAAUUGAAUUACAUGUUGCAUUUGGUCACCUUAUAAGGAACGCCGUGUCAAAAUGACCAGAAAUAAAGUGUACAUGCCUUCAUUUCUAUGACUAUUGUUGGUCUCCAAGGCUGAAUGUGAAGAUGAUGCCCUGAAAAACUUUGGACAGAAAUAUUAACUGCCCUUGUGUCUGUAAGAGAGUGUGCCAUCCAUCAUUGCUGCACAGAGCUCUGAAGUGAUGAACGACAGUCUGCAGACACGUGACGGGGCCAGAGACCCAGCACAGAGUGACUGAGAAAAUUUCCAAUGUAUUCUGCUUAGCUUUACAUGGACACCCGCUGCCCAACCAGCCAGGCAAUGCUACGUUAUGUUAAUAUGCCACAUUAAAAAAGAAGAAAGAAUAAAAGUAGUAAGCCCACAGUGCAGACUGGGAGUUUUUCUGUUUCAGAUUGUGUCCUUGAGGCUUCAGCCAUCAGGACAAGCUGCUGAGGGCAAGUCAUGUUUUAGUUUUGUAUAAGCUUUCAUUCUUUUGUUGCACAAAUAUGUAUAUGCUGUUGAUAGAGUUCUAUGUUGAAUGUUGUGCUUUGGAUCAUACUGUAUAUUAAUACAUUUAUUUGCCUUUAAAAAAAAAA